AAUCACCAAUUCAGUACCCCUGCAUGUAUUCAGCAAACAUGUUCGCUAUGCCAUCUUCACUUCUCACUAGGACUCCUUCUUUAGAGAGUAUCAGCUCCUUCCGCUCGUCAGAAACGACGAUCUCGGAGAUCAGUGGCUUCGCUCCGGCAUCUAUUAGCCCUAGAGUCUGGGAUGGAAGCACCUUGACACCGGAGGAUUACGUUUUCAAGUUAUCGAAGGAAGAAGUCCAAGCAGUUCGCCACGCCGUAGUGAGCUUCAAAUUGAGUGGACGACCCCGGAGCGACUUGAGUCCAAGCACGUUUCAUCUUCCACUCGAACUCGCAAGAAAACUUCGCAAUUGUAGCGAACACAUCCAUGACGGUCCUGGACUCUCCGUAGUCAGAGGCUUGAAUGAGGCACGAUUCAACGACGAAGAGAGUGUAUUGGCAUUUGUUGGGGUGUCCUCCCAUGUUUGUCCGGAACGAGCCACAGAUGGCUUCGCGAAUCAAACCCUGAGUCAUAUUCGUGAUGCCACUCGAGAUAAAGUUCUGGAAGGAGCUGAGCACAUUGGUCUUGCCGGGUCAAAACUUCCGACAGCUAUGGAGUUUCACGCAGAUCGCUAUUCUGGAGACGUCUUAGCUUUAUAUGUGCGCAACACAGGGGGCGAGAACAACGGUGGAGACCAGUUUCUUGCGAGCUUUGGCGCCGUGUACAACGAGAUUCUAGCCACUGAUCCAGAGGUAUUGGACACUCUGUCGGUAGAUAACUGGCCAUUUGAGAUGAAGGACUCGAAGACGGAAUUGCCCUACCUUGAGCCAGGACCUGUCCUUUGGUUUAGCAGAGGCAGACCAAUUUGUCAGUUGGUGCGAGCUCCACUCCUUGGAAGCCCCAAGAUACCAAGAUCGUGUGCUAUGCCAAAGCUUUCAGAGAAGCAGUUGUAUGCGCUUCAAGUUGUGGAAAAAAUCGCUUCGCAUCGCAAAAUCAAGCUGGAUCGGCAAGAAGGCGACAUACAAUACAUUCAUAAUCUUAGUGUAAUGCAUGCUAGAUCGGCGUAUGGAUCUAAAGCAGAAGGUCCUAGCCAACGUCACCUCCUGAGGAUGUUCCUUCGGGACCCUCAAAGGGCAUGGGUGAAACCUCCAGGCUAUUGUCAGAAGUUCGAAGGUUGUUUUACAAAAGAUCGAGAACAAAACAUCCCGAUAUUUGAUGCUGAUCCAUGGAGAAAAAUCAGUGGUCGAGAUAGCCACGGCUGA